AUAGUCGAAUACUCGUUUCUCUUAUAUUAAAGCCCCUACCUCAUUUUUCCAAGCAUAGGAUUGUUCUUUCAGGCUUUCUGCAAUUCGCCAGUUACUUCUGAUGAACGUGCAAAGUCUGAAACUCUUAUGCAGCACAUAUUGUGACGAGUUGAAAUAUAUAUUGUGCAGAAGCCGAUAACAAAACUGUAAGUUUUUAAUUUUCUUUCGUUUUUCGUAUUAAAGCUGGCGAAUUGUAUUAUGGUCAAUACUUUAACUAUGCAACAGGAUUUUUCAUCCGUAAAUGCAAUUAAGAGAAACGAGUCUUUAACUAAUUAAUGAUAAAACAGGACACUCCAGCGCAUCCCUUAAAUAUUUAAUUAAAAUUAUUUCUGUGACUCACAAACCCUUUCAAUGGCACUUCAUAACUCUUCAUACGAAAUAAAAACGAUACCAUACAAGAACUUUGUUUAAUUUGCCUCCGGCUUAUUUUUUCGGCUAAAUACAUUGUCAAAAACUAAAUAAUUACAAUUAACAGAACGACUCACAAAUCUUUUCAAUUGCACUUUAAAACUUUUCACAUAUACAAAAUACAAACGUUUUUAUAUGGGAGUUAAUUUUUUCGAAAGACAUCAAGCUUCGGUCAAGUACAUACGAAUAUCACAGUCCCGUGUACCAUUUCAUGUUAAAUGUGGGAAAUGCAAGCAAUUUAAGAUAUUCACUACACUACCCGUUUUUCUCUGCGGACGAGGCGAAGUACGAAAUACGAAAGGGGAUAAAAGUGCAAUUAAAUGGAACAAAUCGAGUCUCAUCGAAUAUCUCAUUUAAGUAUUUCUUAUCGGUAAUUCGCAGAGGUCAUCAUGGGUCACAAAUUGUCUCCCUUAUUUAAUUAUUUUCCUCCCAUCAUACACGAGGAUGCGAGCAGGAAUCAUUGUGGCUCGUAAUCCGAUUUUUCGCAUCGACUCGGAUUGAUGCAAGGUCGACGACGUCAAUCCAGCCCUGUUCAGUUCUACCUACAGUACACUACAGUAUAUCACAGUAUAUAAGUCUUCUGCUGUCGCCAGUCGGAUGAGUCGGAUCCACGCCGAAGUCGAGCGACGCCACAUAGCCAGCACAGCAGUCACACAGCAGUCGUCGCGUCGUCGCGUGUACGUCAGAGUCGAUAGUGCAUGGACAUCCGACAUCGCUGAGGCGCGUGCGAUCGCAGUGCUGAGUUGGCAGUCUUGAUAGGGCAGUCCCGCUAACUGUUGAUUUGCAUGUUGUACUGCACGUCCGUGUGUCCGCAGCCCGCGCGAGCCUGGAUAAUGUUACGAAUGAAUGUACUUAAACGGUCUAUUUAAAACAACGCCGCAGUACUUAAUGAGCGAUGAGUGGACAGAAGUUCCAAUAUGACGAGAGCGGAGGGACAUUCUUUUACUUUCUGCUCUCGUUCUUGGCAUUACUACUGGUACCCGGGACUUACUACCUCUGGCCACGUUGCCCGAAGCAAGAUCCUGAUCAGUUAGCCAAAGAAUGUCAAUGCGAUGGGUGCAAACAGAAGAAAGUUGUUCUUCAUGCAAACAAACCUUGGAAGGAGACUAAGGCUUUCUUCACGAAAUUUCUAAUUAUUGUGGGAUGGGUUAUCCUGUUGCUCUUAGCUUAUAAGGUAUCCCAAUUUGAUUACGAAAUGGCUAACUUUGACCCAUACGAGAUAUUAACUAUACCAUCUGGUUCUUCCCAAAGUGAGAUUAAGAAAGCUUAUCGCAAGCUCUCCUUAAUUCUUCAUCCUGAUAAAGAAACAGGAAAUGAGAAAGCUUUUAUGAAAUUAACUAAAGCUUACCAAGCUUUAACGGAUGAUGAAGCACGAAAAAACUGGGAAAAAUAUGGAAAUCCAGAUGGUCCUGGGGCGAUGAGUUUUGGUAUAGCUUUGCCUUCUUGGAUCGUUGAAAAAGAGAAUUCAGUAUGGGUCUUAGGACUAUAUGCAUUAGUGUUCAUGGUUGCUUUACCAACGGUUGUAGGAAUGUGGUGGUACAAGAGUAUUCGCUACACUGGUGAUCAAGUUCUCUUGACAACGACCGAAAUGUAUUACUUUUUCUUCGUGAAAACGCCGUCUAUGUCAUUAAAGAGAGUCAUCAUGAUACUCGCUGCUUCCUUUGAAUUCUUCAAGAAGCGUAACACAGAAAUAGUCGAGCGACACUCUGACAGCGAAGAAGUUCCUUCGCUUAUUAAGCAGCUACCUAACUUGGGAGAAAAAAAUAAAGAAGUACCAUUAUGCCACUUGUAUUCAAUUAAAGCUAGAGCAUUAUUACACGCGCAUUUAUCUCGUAUACCACUUAAUCCAGAAACAUUGGAUAAAGAUAGACAGUACAUGGUGAAGAAAUGCCCAUAUUUGAUUCAAGAAAUGGUUGCCUGUGUCCAUCAAGUUAUACUUUUAGCUUAUGCCAGAAGAGUACCGCGGGUACCAACCAUAACAACUAUAGAAAAUUGUAUGAAAUUGUGUCCAAUGAUUGUUCAAGGAUUUUGGGAGUUUAAAAACCCUCUCCUUCAAUUACCACACAUAACGGAGGAUAAUUUAAAAUACUUCCACGCAAAGAAGCGUCAAAUCAAAAGUCUUCAACAAUUCGCACAAUUGAAAGGAGAAGAACGAAGACUGAUACUUAGAAAUUUGUCAGACAGUCAAUAUGAAGAUGUUAUUAAAGUUCUUGGAAACAUGCCGUACAUUGAUUUCAAAGUGCGAUCUGAAGUAAUCGAUGAUGAGAAUCCUACCGUCUACACUGCUGGUGCUAUUGUAACUGUAACAGUAUCCCUUACGCGAAAAGAUAUGAAGCAUCUGUUUGGAGAUGAUUCAGUCAAUGAGCAAACGAUGAUCGAGGAUAACAAAGCCGGCGGUGAAACAAUUGAAGAAGUCUCAGAGGAACAAAAUCAAUCUAUGAAAGCUACGAAGCCGGCAUGGCUUAAGCAAAAGAAAGGUCAAAAAAAGUCACAUAAAAAGGGUACCAACAAGAAGUUAGCUCCUGUUAAAAAUAUACAAGCACAGUCUCAGGCUGUGACUAACAAUACUCAGCACAGCAAUACUCCUAAUGCGAGAAAGAACGACGGUAAGACAGAGAAAGAGUCUUCCAAGGAGAAAUUAUCAGAUGUUAGUGACAGUGAAGCAGAGAGCGAUCGAAGCGAUGACGAGGACAGUCAUGACAAAAAGGAUGUGUCUCUCGAUGAUGACGAUACCGAAUGGGAAAAAUUUCAACAGAGGAUCUCCAAGCGGGAAAGAGUACUAGAGGGAAGGAGUAAUUUGUCACAUGAAGUGCACUGUCCACUCUUUCCUGAUGUUAAGCAAGAGUAUUGGUGGGUCUAUAUCUGUGAUCGCAAAAGUCAAACGCUAUUAACAACCCCUAUACACGUUACGUCCUUAGCACAGUUUGAAGAGAUUCAAUUAAGAUUCACAGCGCCACGCUGGCCAGGCCUUUAUACAUUUACAGUAUGUUUACGUAGCGAUUCAUAUCUGGGCUUUGAUCAAGCUCAAGAUAUCAAAUUGGACGUGAAGGAGGCACCCGAGGUACCGACUGAACAUCCGCAAUGGGACAUCUCAGAUGAAGAAACUGCGGAAGAUGUGGAUGCAGCUGAUGAACAUUCCGAGUUCACAACCGAUGAGGACAUUAGUGAUAAUGAGUAAUAUCUGUUUCUCACAUAUGAUCGAAAUAGAUAUUCUGAAAGUCCGUAUUUUCCUCUUUUUUUACUUUUGAAAUUAAUGUACAAUGGACUUUUAUACGUGGAAUUGCAUAAUCGUGUAUGUGGACAAUCUAGAAACAUAGUCUGGUGCGUAAGAUUUGUCAGUGUGGAAAAAGUAAUAGCGAAUAAAGAACAUAAUAUUUAUUUUAACAUCGUUGUUCAAUCCUCAAUUUGGAUGUGUUCAACCCUGAAUUGAGAUAUGUAUACAGUUUUCUAAUAAAAUA